AUGCAAGCGGUGCCUCGAGACGCAGCAAACAUGAGCGCUGGGUCGCAGCGGCGGCGCUCUGACGUGUGGCAGACGCAGUCGCAGGCGCAGCAGAGCGAUGCCAUGCUCAAGGAGAAGGAGAAUCGGCGGCAACACAGAUGGACGCACGACAAGUCACGAAAGGAGCCGACGCUGUAUGAUGAGUGGCUGUCGCAGGAACAGCGGACGGCCAUACCACCGCACCAGCAGCCACAACAGCAUUCCGCCGACGCAUCCUCGAGGCACAGGGCCGUCGAGCGACGUCCUUCAAUGCCCCUGCGCCAAGGUAGUACGACAGCCAGCGCCGCCACCAUUCGCACGGUAACACCCGACGACCAACAGACCGGCUUGGGAAUGGAACACAAUAAUCUGCCCGAGAGCACGACCAUGAAUUUCGAGCGCGUUUUCAUUCCGCACACGACUACGACCAUUGUGGGUGGAGCGGCAGCAGCCAAGGACAGUCCGAGCAGCAGGAGCAAGAGAGCUUCCAAGGACCGACAUCGAAAUCACUCGGCGUGGGCAUCGCAAGCGAGCAGCCCGCCAACGAGCAGGAACGGCAGUGUCAAUCUCUCAAAUUCGUCCUUCCUCGGUCGCAGUGAGAGCAAGAGCAAUGGACAGCAGAGAAGCCACGGCUACAUGAAUGACAACGAUGGCGCGGGCCGCCCGCGAACUCAGACGCUUGAGAGUCGGACGAGGAGGGAACAGUCUCCUACUGCACUGCUGUCCGUGAGCAGGAAUCGUGUCGGCAGCGUGCAUACGCCAUCGUCACCCGUAAACCAAGGCGGUGCAGAAUUUUUGGCAUCAAUGCCUGUCUCCACGGAAUUGCCUUCAGCACCGUCGGUAUCUUCGCUGGGCUCGCCAGUGAACUCACCUGACGCUGGGCACAGAUCAAUAUCGCCCAUAUCGACUAGCACCGUUGACUCGAUAACUUCUGCUUUACCAAGUGCAAACGCUAGGCGCAUCUUGCAUCUCAUGAAGACUUUGAAUGGCAGGAUGAGCGGCAAUGUUGUGUUUCGUCGUGGACAUGGGAACCCCUGGUCUCAGAGCUACUGUUACAUCCAAGAAGAAAGUGGGAGCUUGAUGUACGAAUCGAGAAGCGACGGCUCGCACAAGAGCUUGAUAUCGGAUUUACGUGGCAGCAAGGUGCGAUCAAAUCUGGACAAUGACGUUCCCUAUCUGGAAGUCAGCUUUGCCGAGAAGACGGAUGAAAUACACAUCAAACUGCAAACACAAUCCGACUUUGAUGCCUGGUUCGCAGCGCUCCUGCAUUGGACACCCCGCGACACCUCAUCAGCAUCCAGCAAUGAGAAACGACCAGAUUCCGAGAUGGGCUCAAAAUCAUCGACCAUUGCGGAAAACUCCGGACGACGAGCCUCAGUGAGCAACGCAACUCCUUCUGAGAGGAGCAGCCAUGAACGCCCCUCGCUUGACCGGACACAGAAAACGGAUCGCCGCAAGUCCGUGAUAGGUGCGCUACCUAAGGAGAAUCCAGUGAUCAAAAUUGGAAAGAUGAUCUAUUGGGACACGAACGUGGGCUACAGCAAUGCCAGCGCAUCAACUGUUGGCCAACCUUCCUCGAGGCCAAGCACGAAUCGUAUGCAAAGCGUUGGUGCGCGGCGAUGGCGGAUGAUCAGUGGCCAGCUGCGCGAGAACGGAGAGCUGAAGUUACACGCUGAUGCGGACAACGCCUUGCUGUCGGUGGUGCAAUUGAGCCAACUAAGUCGCUGCGCCAUUCAACGGCUCGAUUCGAGUGUGCUCGACAACGACUUUUGCAUUGCCAUCUACCCGCAGUACACUUCAAGUCACACUGUCAGCCAGCCAGGAUUCAUCAGGCCGAUCUUCUUGAGCUUGGAGAGUCGCGUACUGUAUGAAGUGUGGUUCGUGUUACUUCGAGCUUUCACAAUGCCUUCGAUAUAUGGGCCACGAUUGGAUGCCGAACCAGGCGAGACUGGCGAUGUCAACGGUAAUCGCGAUCUUGAAAGCAUGAUAGCCACGAGCACGACUUACACCUUCCGGAUGGAACGCAGCCUGAGUGUGAGAGUCGUGGAGGCGAAGAUGCAGCCACCCAGCGGGAACGCAACCAACGAAUCGAGCUUUAGCGGUGGUUACAGCAGGCAGCAAAGUGCUACUUCUGAGAAACACGGAUACUAUGCGGAGGUACUGCUGGAUAACGAGACUCGAGGAAAGACAGUUGUGAAGUACGAUGGUCUGAACCCGCUCUGGGGUGAGAACUUCGAGUUUCAGGACCUUCCACCAGUGCUGAACAACGCAAGCGUGGUGGUCAAACGACGACCAGCAGAGCAGGCGAGUCUUCGGGAACAGCAAGGAAGUCAGCCUUGGCAAGACGGUUACGGCGAUCAGCAAGGUGGCUUCACGAAUCUAGCCUUUGAUAUCGCGUGUGGCAAGAUGGAGAUCCAGAUGGAAGAGCUGGAGCCCGAGAAAGAGAUUGAAAAGUGGUGGCCUGUCAUGAACAUGCAUGGACAUCGUGUGGGCGAGAUUCUGAUCAAGGUCCGAGCUGAUGAGGGCAUCAUACUCAUGGCACGCGACUAUCGACCGCUCGGUGAGCUUCUACACCGGUUCUCCAAUGGCUUGACGCUGCAGAUUGCACAAAUGAUACCCAGCGAGUUGAAACGACUGGGCGACAGUCUGCUGAACAUCUAUCAGGUGGCCGGCAAAGCAGGAGACUGGAUCAUGGCGCUGGUGGAAGAGGAAAUCGAUGGCAUCCACAAGGAGACUCCGAUCACCCAACUAAGGUACAGCCGACGAGUUGGCUCGAAUGACAGCCAUGAUCCUCUAGGAAGCGGCGCUGCCCACACCGACCGCGAGCUAAUCGUGCGCGACAUGAACAAGAACGCGACUCUGGAAGCCAACCUCUUAUUCCGUGGCAACACAUUACUGACCAAGAGUCUCGACACCCACAUGCGGCGCAUUGGUAAGGAGUAUCUUGAGGAGUCGCUUGCGACCAAGAUACAAGGGAUCAACGAAAAGGAUCUGGACUGCGAGGUAGACCCCAAUCGGGUCAAAUCGCCACAGGAUGUUGAUCGGAAUUGGGGACGGCUACUUACCGCUACGCAGGAUGUUUGGAGAGGCAUUCUCGCUAACAAACAGCGCUGUCCCGUGGAGCUACGAAUCAUCUUCAGGCACAUUCGUGCAUGCGCUGAGGAUCGAUAUGGCGACUUCUUGCGCAGCGUCAGCUACAGCAGUGUGUCGGGCUUCUUGUUCCUGCGAUUCUUCUGUCCAGCAGUGCUGAACCCUAAGCUGUUUGGACUGCUAAAAGACGACAUCAAGCCACGGGCGAGGCGAACGUUCACCUUGAUUGCCAAGUCCCUGCAGACAAUGGCGAACAUGGCAGCAUUUGGUACCAAAGAGCCCUGGAUGGAGCCUAUGAACGCAUUCCUCAUCCAGCAUCGCGAGAGCUUCAAGUCCUUUAUCGACGAUGUCUGCCACGUGCCGACUCCGCUGUCAAGCAACGCAUCGUUCGGCCCCAAUUCGCCUGCAUCGCCAACAUAUCCUCCUGGCGUUGUCACCGCAGAGCAGCAUCUGAGCUACACCACACCGAUGACGAUCAUGCAGCGUCUACCACCCAGCAGUCGUGAAGGCUUUCCGAGUCUACCGUAUCUUAUCGAUCAAGCCCGGUCAUUCGCAGAUUUGAUCCACCUUUGGCUAGAAGCAGUGUCUGCCUUAUCAAACAAGGACGAUUCCGCAGCAUUGCCCGGGAAGACACACCUUGAUGUCUUGGCGGCCAUAGAGGCUUCGGAAGGCGAUCUCAAGGACUUCCAUCAGCUUUGUGAAGAGCUCAACACAAGGACGCAAGAAUGCUUGAAUCGUGCCGAGAGAGCAGAGCGCCCUGACAGUUCUCACAGCUUCCAGUGGGAGGAUGUCAUCAGCCAAUUGCAAAAGGCGCAAACCAAGAGUCCUGGCGGCACCGUAAAAGACCCGUUCGACAUUGUUGCUGAUAAGAUCGCCAGCGAUCCGAACAUCUUGCCGGAAGACGCCAACCCUGCCAUCGAGGCAACUCUCGCACAACUCCGAGGCCAAACAUCUGAAGACACCGACGAUGAUCAACAAGGCUAUGCGCCAGGUAGACCAUCCGAUUCGAACAUGACAUGGGAUGUGUCAAGAUCUGACAAGCGUGACACCUUCCGACCCGGCUCUGCAAGUCUGGGCUCGAGCUUGCAAGGCAGAAGCAUCGGCUCACCAGGCGCAUCAGCCAGCGCCAGCCAAAGCAACAUCUCCAGCACAGUAAGCAGCGACACGGAGCACACCAAUCAGACCACCGCACUGCCGAGCUACGAGCGCGAAGUGCGACAUCGGGAACGAAGGGAACAAGCGCGCGUACAGAUUCAAAAGCAAAUGGAAGCUGCGCGCGUGAAGGAGAAAGACAAGGAGAAGAAGAAGACGACUGUGACUCACCUUGUACCAAAGCUAAAACGGAGGAACAAGCAUAAAGAUGAAAGCGCAAACGGGACGCCCACGCAGGAGGCGAAUGGCAUGAUUUGA